CCGCAAGUUCAUUAAAAAAGCCUUUGGGAACGAGAAUAUAUAUAGGAUGAUGAUGAUGAUGAUUGCGUACACAUAGCAAGAUGGCGAUGAUGUGAUGUGAAGGUGUGCAGGCUAUUCCUUUUCCGCUAAUCGUGACUGCACAUAUUGCACUACCAUUUCUCAGCGUAAUGUUUCUGGUCGGUUUGACCGGCGGGAUUGCCACUGGAAAGAGCACGGUGGCAUCGAUGCUACGUGGUCUUCACGUUGAGGUCAUUGACGCAGAUCAAGUCGCCCGUCAAGUGGUGGAACCCGGUACGAGGGCUUGGAAAAAGAUCCGGCACGAGUUUGGAGAUGAGGUUAUUCUGGACAAUGGUCAGAUCGAUCGAUCGCUUUUGGGGCGCAUCAUUUUUGCUGAUCCCGAGAAACGGCGUCGACUAAACAGCAUUACACAUCCUGAGAUCUACCGGUCCAUCGGAUGGAAGUGUUUGUAUCUCAUGUUUAGGGCCCACCAGUUUGUCGUCAUCGACUUACCCUUGUUAUACGAAACGAAAGGCAUGUUACCUUACAUAAAUAAGGUGAUAGUUGUAAGUUGCAGUUCCAAGCAACAGCUUGACAGAUUAAUUGCUAGGAACGGCUACACUGAGGAAGAAGCCAAGAGUCGAAUUGAAGCUCAAUUGCCUCUUUCAGACAAAUGUGCUAUGGCCGAUUUUGUGGUGGACAAUACGCAGGACGAACAACAUGCACGAAGACAAGUUGUCGAGAUAGUUGACAAGCUCAAAAGUUCAUACACACAUUGGAAAGUACGCACAAUACUUUUGUGCUUUCUUGCAGGAGUUGUUGGUUCUCUUACUUGGGUGCUAUCGCAUCUAUAAUGGACAAAUAUAUCAUUUUUUAAUGAAUA